AGAAGUCAUUUAGAGACAACAGUAAAUGAAGCAGUGGAUAUUUAAACAUCCUGGAGGCAGUAAACUGUCCCUCUUCACGGAGGAUGAUGCUGAGGUGAUGCAACCAGAGGAGGGGGAGAGGAUCAUCCGGCUGCUGCCAACAGAAAGGAGCUGACAUCCGAAACCGAUGCUGCCCGCUGGCGUCUCAAAUUUGUGGGAUUAGCGAAUUGUUAGCGACCGCAAAUGGACUUUCAUUGGACUUUUAUUACUGUCUCUAAAAUGAAACAUUAGCAGAACCUCAGAUUGAGCUGUAAAUGCAUCGGCGUCAGAGAGCUCAGUAUGAAGAAGUCGGUGCGGCCAGCGGUGAGUAAGGUGAGCGGAGAUCGAGGGAAGGCUGAGGCCGCGGCCGGCGCUGGCACCGGAAAGCCCGCAGCCAAGACCGGCACCACAGCACCUCUUUCCAAGGUGAAAAGCAAUGAUGAUCUUUUAGCAGCAAUGGCCGGAGGGAACCCUGCAUCAAGUAGUGCUGUCGCCAAGACCAAGAGGACCGCCUCCAUUGGGACUAGUGCUAACAACCUCGACAACAAGCCAAAGACAACAUCAGGUACUUCGUCCAAGCGUACGACAUCCGCGACUUCCAGGGAGCCAAAUUCAUCACGAGACCGUCUUCGGACAUCCAGGACAUCAGCUGCUAAGAAGCAGUUGGUAUCAGGGACUGUAACGGGGGAUGUGGCCUCAGGGAAGCGCUCUCGCAGCCAGAUCCUCACAGAGUCUGAGGGCCGUAUGAGCAAGUCCAAAUCAGACGGCCAGAUCAGUGAUAAGGUGGCUUUGGAGGCUAAAGUAAAAGACUUGUUGGGGUUGGCUAAAAGCAAAGAUGUGGAGAUCCUACACCUGCGCAGUGAGCUAAGGGACAUGAGGGCCCAGCUUGGUCUGGGAGGGAAAGAAGUGCCGCCUGAGGAAGAAGCUGGGGAGGAAGAGAAGCCCCAGGUUUCAGCCAUCACAGCCGCUGAUGUGGAGUCCACUCUGAUUCUCUUACAAGAGCAGAACCAGGCCAUCAGAGAGGAGCUCAACCUGCUGAAGAGUGAGAACCGCAUGCUGAAAGACCGUCUGAACGCACUGGGCUUCUCUCUGGAGCAGAGGCUGGACGGCUCUGACAAGCUGUUCAACUACGCCUCCCUGAGCCCCGACCACCUGGCAGCCGGCAGUGUGCAGAGCGAUGGUGGGGGCACGGGUACACUGACUUCCUCAGUAGAAGGCUCUGCCCCGGGCUCUUUGGAGGAUCUGCUCACAGGACACCAACAUGGAGGCUCGGCGGACAACCUCGACAGUGAAUCCAGCGAGGUUUACCAGGCCGUCACCUCCAGCGAUGAUGCUCUGGAUGCCCCCUCUGGAGCCUCCUCGUCAUCUGAGUCGGAGUGCGCACCCAGCAGAGAGCGCUCGCGGAGGGGCAGCAGCGGAAAUGCCAGUGAGGUGUCGGUGGCCUGUCUGACGGAGCGCAUCCACCAGAUGGAAGAGAACCAACACAGCACCGCUGAGGAGCUCCAGGCCACUCUGCAGGAGCUGGCCGACCUGCAGCAAAUCACACAGGAGCUGAACGGGGAGAACGAGCGGCUCGGCGAGGAGAAGGUGAUCCUCAUGGACUCCUUGUGCCAGCAAAGUGACAAGCUGGAGCUCUACGGUCGCCAGAUCGAGUACCUGCGCUCUCUUCUGGAUGAGCAUCAUAUAUCUUACGUGCUGGAGGAAGAUAUCAAGAGUGGCCGCUACAUGGAGCUGGAGCAGCGCUAUGGAGACCUGGCAGAUAAUGCCCGCUUCGAGAGAGAGCAGCUGCUGGGCGUGCAGCAACACCUGUCCAACACGUUAAAGAUGGCUGAACAGGACAACGCCGAGGCCCAGGAGAUGAUCGGAGCGCUGAAGGAGAGGAACCACCAGAUGGAGCGCAUCAUGGAAUCGGAGAGACAGGAUCGGACCGCCAUGGCGGCCGCACUCGAGGAGUACAAGGCAGCAGUGAGCAGCGACCAGGCGGAGCUGAGCCGCUGCAGAGCCCAGCUGGACCAGGAGAGGCAGAGGGUGGCCGAGCUGUACUCCCUUCACACGGCGGGGGACAAAAAUGACAUCUGCCAGCUGCUGGAAGGAGUUCGGCUGGGGAAGGAGGAGGCUGAGGCCAAGGCUGCUAAGAUGCAGGAGGAGGUGGAACAAGCUCACAGUGAACUCAACAGGAUGCAGGACACUUUCACUAAGCUGGACAGGGAGUACAGAGACUUCCAGGAGCAGGUGCAGCAGCAGAUGGCCGAGCAGGAGCGCAUGCUGGAGAAGCAGCGUGUGGAGCUUCAGGAGAAGGAGACGGAGAUCGCCGACAUGAAGGAGACCAUCUUUGAGCUGGAGGAUGAGGUGGAGCAGCACCGAGCUCUGAAACUCCACGACAACCUCAUCAUCACAGACCUCGAGAACUCUGUGAAGAAGCUGCAGGACCAGAAGCACGACAUGGAGCGAGAGAUUAAGAUUCUUCACCGCAGACUAAGGGAGGAGUCAAUGGAGUGGCGUCAGUUCCAGGCUGAUCUGCAGACAGCUGUUGUCAUUGCUAAUGACAUCAAGUCGGAAGCUCAGGAGGAGAUUGGGGACUUGCGGCGCCGGCUGCAGGAAGCGCAGGAGAAGAAUGAGAAGCUGAGCAAAGAGCUGGACGAGGUCAAGAGCCGCAAGCAGGAGGAGGAGAGAGGCCGAGUGUAUAACUACAUGAACGCAGUGGAGAGAGACCUGGCUGCUCUCAGACAGGGGAUGGGUCUCAGCCGGCGUUCCUCCACCUCCUCAGAGCCCUCGCCCACUGUCAAGACACUCAUCAAGAGCUUCGACAGUGCCUCACAAGGUCCAGCUUCCAAUGGUGCCUCUGUGACUCCAACAGCCCCGGCUACCCCGCUGCCACGCACCCCCCUCAGUCCCAGUCCCAUGAAGACGCCUCCUGCAGCUGCUGUUUCACCCAUACAGAGACACUCGAUCUCUGGGUCUAUGUCAGCACCCAAACCGCUCUCCUCACUGAGUGACAAGAGGCCCAGCUACACAGACAUCACCAUGCCAGCUGAGCACCUUCUCAGGGGAACCUCGGCUAGCCGACCUCCGUCUGUCCUCCAGAGGGUUUCCAACAUGGACUCCACCAAGGCAAUCUCAGUGUCCCGCAGGAGCAGUGAGGAGAUAAAGAGGGACAUGUCGGCCCCAGACGGUGCCUCCUCAUCCUCCCUGAUGGCUAUGAGUGCAGCGUCCUCUCCUCUCUCCCUGUCCUCCUCCUCUCCCACCGCCUCCAUCACCCCCACAGCGCGCAGCCGUCUAAGAGAGGAGAGGAAGGACCCGUUGUCGGCACUGGCCAGAGAAUAUGGAGGGUCCAAGAGAAAUGCUUUGCUGAAGUGGUGCCAGAAGAAGACUGAGGGUUACCAGAACAUUGACAUCACAAACUUCAGCAGCAGCUGGAACGAUGGCUUGGCCUUCUGCGCCGUGCUCCACACCUACCUGCCUGCACACAUCCCCUACCAGGAGCUCACCAGCCAAGAGAAGAGGAGAAAUUUUACGUUAGCUUUCCAGGCUGCAGAGAGUGUGGGCAUCAAAUGCACUUUGGACAUAAAUGAGAUGGUGCACACAGAGAGGCCGGACUGGCAGAGUGUCAUGACGUACGUCACAGCCAUCUACAAGUACUUUGAGACCUGACUUUGCCGCCUCACCCUUCCUGCUCCUGCAGCACAGUCAGUGCCACGCCAGCCCUCCUGAGCUCUCCGCAACCUUCAACACCACAGUCAACUGUUAUACCUCACUGACCCCGCCCUCACUCCACAGCUACACCCAGUCACAGCUGCAUGCUGGUCAUCAGUAUUUAGCAACACUAAAGGCACACCACAACCUGACUGGACACAACAGCUACACCCUCCUCCCAGUACAGCACAGGAGAGGCUUUUUGUAGAGUAAGGGCUUGCCUGUAUGUCUGCUGUUACACUAGGAAGUCAUUAGACGCUAGUGACAAAAAAUGGUGAACUGACCAGCAAUGAAAUCCUCUACAUCAUCUUUGCCUUCAGUUCACAUCUGAAGGAGCAGCAUGGAGAAGAAACCAAGUCUGAGUGCCUUCUGCCCGGCUCUUCCUCACAAAUACUCUUCCACACUUCACCCAGUUUCCAGUCUGUUAAAGGGGAAUUCUGGCAAAUCUUUGCUACUUUACAACAGGAGAAGUUUUGAGUAAUAAUCAGUGUUUUUCCUUUUUUUUUUUUUUUUUCUUUUUCUGUUGUUGAUUUUGAAUAUUUUGUAGAAACGUGGGCUCCUGCGGAACAACAAACCAAAAUUUAGAAAUGUUGGAAUUUCCCCCACAACCAUGAAAACCUUUGAUAGUAAUUCAGACAGACGCAGCCUUUUUUGCACCAAGUCUUCCACACGUUACAGUACGAUACUGAUGCCUCUCUUUCAAUGGAUAAAGUGCCUGUGUGAGUUUUGAUGCGGGGGAGCAGGAGAUGAGUUCUUCUGUGGGCCAAACCUCUGCAGAGGCAGCAUGGAAGUGUCUUCUCACUACAGUCUGUGAAGCUGAAGAAUCAAUGAGUUGUUGCCAAAUAUGUUUCAGAGCCUUUCGAUUGCUUUUUUUUUUUUUUUUUUGGGUCAUUGGAACAGACUGAUGCUGCAGACAGAUACUACAUCAGCGUCUGAUCAUGACUGACUGAUUUUCAAGCACAGAAAUAUGCUACAUGCUACAACACAAACACACUCUGGUGGUUUUUCACUACUAGAUUCAUGAAGGUGGACUAAUAGUCAUUUGGUGUGUAUGGAGUUCUUAACACUAAUCUUACAACUGUAUAAUAUGAGUGUUUGCAUUUUGUAGGCCUGCACUUAGACUUCAUUAGGCACAUACAGCACACAGCAUCAGAUCAUCAAAACCAGAAUGAGUGAGUAGAAUAUAGUUUUUUCUCAUAGCGUGUGUUUUGUUUGACAAGACAAGUUCUGUUUAGAUCGGAGAGCCUAAAACUUCAUCAGCCUCAGGCUUUAAUUAAGAAAAAUAGACUCUCACCCAGGAGUUUCAUGUUGGAAAGAUGUGCUCUAGUUUUUGGGAAAAAGCAAAGACGGAUUCACAGGUGAAGACUUGUGUUUGUGGGGCAAUGCACCAUCUCAUUAAAGGUAAUAAUUCAGUUUAUUGGGAAGUACAGUUUUUCACUUUCUGGCAGAGUUAGAUGAGAAGAUUGAUAAAACUCUCAUGUCUGUACAGUGCACAUGAAGCUAGAGCCUGCAGCUGCUUAGCUUAUCUUUGCAUAAAGACAGGAAUCAGGGAGAAACAGCCAGUCUGGCUUUUUCCAAACGUAACAAAAUCUGCCUGCCAGCACCUCUAAAGCUCACUAAUGACCACAGUAUAACAAAAACGUGAGCGUAAAAAUGACAAGUUGUCAUUUCACGGGUGGUUAUGUGCUGGACUUUUUCUUGGCUGGAAGCAGUGAUGUUGACAGAGCCAGACGAGCUGUUUCCAGUCCUCAUGCUAAGCUGAUAUAUUUAUUACAGAUUUGACUUACAAACAUGAGUGGUAUCCAUCUUCACAUCUAACUUGUGGCAAGGAAGCAAAUAAUCACAUUUCCCAAAAUGUCAACCUAUUUCCAGCAAAUGCAAAAUUGCAAAACCUUUUUUUUUUUUUUUUUUUUUUUUUUUUUGCACAUGAAUGACACAAUAUUCAUUUUUCCACUGACUAACUGUGUGUUGAUGCUGAUGCUGUGGUAGACAGGUAGUUUUUGAAAUUGUUAGUAUGACUAUCACUAUAGAGAAACUUUAUAGCACAGUGUCAUUUAAAAUGUCUGAUUUCAGUCACUGCAGAGCUGCUGCUGACUGCUGUGAGUGAAUUGUGCCUCAACACACCAAGUUCACUGUAUUUAUUUGCAUGGUUUCCAAUCCAAUCAUUGUAGCGAGGUCAUUUGCUUUAUUUGUGUGUAUAUGAAUUUAUUCCACAGACAGUGAGUAGCUGCACUGAGAUAAGCUUUUUUUUUAUUCCACACUAAACUCCUGCCUUAACAGUUCAGCCGAAGCUUCUGCCAGUGAAACUGUGACGCUUCAUCUUUCCUCACCGGGCGCGUGUGUCGCCGUGGAAACGGUUUCUGGAACAAGGUGCUUCUUGUUUGUGCCUCUUCAGGAACACCAAUAGUGAAUGGUGGUCAUGGACUAUUUUUUGGGGAAGUUGGUCGAAUUCCCUCGUGUGUCUGGUGAAGGUGACUACACUCUUGUUUUGAUCUGGAUCAGAUGAAGCUGGUAUCCAUAGCAACACAUCAGAAACCACAAUUUGUACAGCCGCUUCUGACACUCAGUGAUUUAAAGUUAGCACAAGAGCCUGCAGCAGUGGCGGCCUCUGUUCGUGUGCGAGUGAGUUAUUUAAUGACGUUUGAAAGCAUCGGCUCUCCGUUGACGGAUCCUGUGAUGCCAUAACGCUGAGGAUCAUCAGCCAACAGGUUUAUUGUGUUCUGCUCGAUUCCACCACUGGCCCACUUGUUUUACGGCUCCCGGCAGAAACAUGUGAGAGCCACAGAAUGAUUGUGAAGCCUGUCCAUCCUGGAAGCGGAAUGUGUUUUGAUCACGCUGUAGUGAUCCCGGGACUUCACGAGGUCCUCCGUGUGCCGACGUGGAGUGAUUGAUGAGCAGUGAGCCCGGCCUGCUGAGGAGAGAGAGAGAGAGAGAGAGAGAGAGAGAGAGCAGAGACGGCACAUUCCACCUCCACACAAUGCAGCCACGAGGGACGUGUUACAGUGUUUGUUGAUGCCCUUUAAGUGUACGGCUUUACCACGAGGCAAAUGUGAACAUGUGCAUUAUGACUUAAUUGGGUCCACUUCAUCAUGCUACAUUCAUUUUUCUUUGUUUACUUGAAGAUGCUCUGAGAAUUCCACUGAACCUGCUUUAAUUUGUCUUUUUGUUUCCAUGUUGCCUUGUUUUUGUUUUUUUAACAAUCCAUGCUACAUUCGUUUUUGGUGUGAAGUUAUUUUUUUUUUUCAAGAGGAAAUCCUGAUCACACUACAUGCAGUGCUGAAAUGUUCCCAUGUCAAAGUUAAAGCUGAAUGAAUAAACGCGUUUGGGUGUGUGUGUAUGUAUGUGUGUGUGUGUGUGUGCGUGUUUGUGUGUGUCUGUGUGUGUAAAGGGACUAAGCUACAGUAUUAAGUGCACACAAUGAUGAUAAUCAGUUGUAAAAAAAAAAAAAAAAAAAAAAAUGCUGUCUGGUUUUAUGUUGCUUUAUUUUUUCUGGCAAUAGUUAUUAAAGACCAUUUGAAGCAGC